UCGUCGAACGUCGUCGAAGUAGGACUGGUCGGCUGAUAAUGAGUGCUGCGGUUUCAGAUUUAUUAAUUCUAAUAUGAUUAUUAAUUUUUUAAUAGUUGUGAAUUACGUGACGAGACAUGAAUGUGUCACUGCUGGCUUGGGUAGGGCUCAUACUUGUACUCUGUCUCACAACCUUUGGACUGUGGUGGUGUGUCACCAUGUCUGUAUCAGUUCCUGUGUUUUUGGUUGGAGGUCUUACAUUCUUAUAUCUGAAGCAUUCAGACUCCUCACAGAAAUACUACACAGCUGUAUACCGUUCUAGGCAAGAGUCUUACAAACCUGGACUAAGUAAGGUGGUGCAGCUUGUGGAAGCACCCCAGCCAUCAUGUAAAGCUGAUCGCCGCCUCACUGGCUCACAAGUGAUUGAUGAGUCACUUCAAGAGAUAAUUGGUUAUGUGCUUCGUGAUUAUGUUUCACCCUGGUAUGAUCGACUUAGUGCCAACGAGGAGUUUCCUCAUGAGAUCAGGCAGACUGCCCAGAAGGUUAUCAUCACUUUUGCUGGAAGAAUGAAAGAAGUAGAUUGGAUUCCAUAUCUCACAACUCGAUUGGUUGAUGAUGCUGCCUCACAUCUACGGUUGUUUCGUCAAGCACGUGCAAAGAUGAAACAGCAAAGGUCAAGACACAAACAGCAGCCUUCUUCAGAAAUUCGACCCUCCAUGUCAACAGCAGGAACUACAGAGUCAGAUUCAAAGAGAGGGGAGCGUAGUAGUUCAGCUGGUAGACAAGUGGAAUCAUCUGCACCUGUUACUAGUGAAAGUAGCAUGGGAAUAACAAAUAAUCCAUCCAGCGGAGUCAAGCCUCCUGUUGACUUAGAGACAUUGUUCUUUGACCUGGAGGUCACCAUGGAGGACAACCUGCUGUGUCAUGAUCUAGUCUGCACAGAGAAAGACAGCGAGAGACAGUACCUGCAGGAUGUGAGUGAAGUCUUGCUGUUCCUGUUGCUCCCUGUGGAUGACUUCCAUUGCAAACCAUUGCGCUUCCUACUGAGGGAACUUCUAGUCAGCACUGUCGUCUUACCACUGUUUGGGCUUAUUUCAGACCCUGAUUACAUCAAUCAGAUCAUCAUAUGGCUAUGUAAGGAGAUUCCUAUGACAAGUGAUGUGUUCCUCACCGCAUUGCGAGUCACUGACAGCCAAGAGGAGCUCAAUGCAACAAGGGAUAUGGUCAGCAGGGAAAUUGCUCAGUUGAGAUCACGAGACUCUGGCAGAGAGGAUGAUGCCUCUGUGAAGCAACAGCUCAGCUCUCUCCUUUACGUGCGUAAAGUGAUUGAAAAUCGGCUUCACCGUCUCAAGGAAGGGGCAGACUCUGACUCGGUCGAUCUGCCAUCACACAUCGACUGGAAUCGGCUGCUUACACCGGGUACCAAGCUUUUCUCACUCCCAUUGGAUGUUGUGCUCAAGAACAACAUUGCUUUAUCCUACUUCAUUGACUACAUGUCCAGCAUUGGAGCACAGGCAUACCUUUUCUUCUACCUUAAUGUGGAAGGGUGGCGGGUGUCUGCUGAGCAGCAGAUAUCAGACAUGGAGCUGCAGAAGCUGAAGAGUGGAGGAGAUGGACGUCAAUCCAAGGGACAGAUCCCCAAUCCCACACUGGAAAACAUGAAAGAAGCUGCUUACAGCAUAUAUGAACAGUACCUCUCAGAAAAGGCAUCUCCCAGACUGAAACUAGAUGAGAUGGUUGUAAAAAAACUUGUGUUUAGGAUACGUAGUGAGAUUCCCAAUGAAACAUGGUUUGAUGAAGUUCAGGCUACUGUCUAUGAGAAGUUACAGAAUGAGGAGCGCUUUUUGCCAGGUUUCCGAGGCAGUGUAUCUUAUGUGAGGCUUUUGGCAGAACUGGAUUUACUGAAGGAUCCUUCUUCCCGCAGUGAUGAGGAAGAUUCUCAGUCUUUAGAUGAGAUAAGUCUUUCUGACAAUAUAAGCUUGUCAUCAUUGGAUGCUGAUGACACAGUGCUGGAAGGUGGCACAGCUGCUAGCACUGACAGCCCUGUCAGUAGCACACCAGAUAAUUCAGUGACAGCAGGUAAUCUCAGUGGGGAGAGUAAUGCAGCCAGGCAGCAGCAGCGGCAGCAGGGACCUUUCCGCUUACAGGCUGAGAUCAUAGAAACAGGUGUGGUUAAUGACAGGGGAAAGACGUAUGGCAUCUAUGCAGUGUCAGUGGCAAAACAUUAUGAAACUGGCUAUUCAGAGAAGUGGCAUGUAUAUAGAAGAUAUUCAGACUUCCAUGACCUGCACCAGAAAGUUAAGGACAAGUAUGGUGAUCUUGGGAAGCUGACAUUUCCUGGUAAGAAGACUUUUCACAAUAUGGAACGCACCGUGCUGGAGAAGAGAAUGAAGAUGCUAAAUGAUUACAUGCAGAUUCUGCUGCAGCAUGGGGUCAUAGAUACACACCCACAGUUGCAGAGAAUGCUGUUGGCAUUCCUUGAGCAGGGGGACUAUGACAAAGGUGUAACUGGAGGACAGAUAGCUCGCACGCUGGACACACUAGUGAACCCUCUGAAGAGUUCAAUGCGAACUGUUGGGCAGGCAGUACGCACCAUGCCUGACAAUCUCAUGAGUACAGUGGAUGGUGUAAUGGAUGGCAUAAGCAAGGUAUUCCAGGGGAAGACAAUCCGUGCACCUUGUUUUUAUGAGUCCAUGAAGGUUGGAGCAUCACUUCAUGUUGAUACUGAUGACAACAUCCCACUGCGAAUUAUGCUGCUUCUUAUGGACGAGGUAUUUGAUCUCAAGUCUCGCAACCAGUGGCUUCGUCGACGGAUAGUGACGCUCCUGCGUCAGAUUAUACGCACCAUGUUUGGUGACAUUGUGAACAGGAGGAUAUUAGAUUAUGUGUCUGUAAUGACCAGCCCUGAGCAGGUUGCAGACUACCUCCGAGCAUUCAAACAAUCCUUCUGGCCAAAUGGCUACAAGGCAGAGCCUCGUCUACCCCGAGAUGAAGCGAUCCGUAUGCGGACUCGAGUUGCUGCUAAAGUGGCCCUGCUUUCCAGCCUGUCUGAUGAAUUGAAGCACAUAAUAGGGAGCGAAACCACGAGACGAGGACUCUUAUGCGUGUUUGAACUAUUUCAACAUCCUAUGCUGAACCGCCGCCUGUUAUAUGUCUUGCUGGAGGGUGUGCUGGAAACUUUGUUUCCCCAACAUAAUCUUGCACAGAUCUUCCGUAAACUCCAUUCUCGUUCUGGCAGGGUUCGUGAUGACUUCAAGACUUCACAAAGGACAAGAAGUGACCUUCGCAGGUGAUAGCGGCCCACCUUAGAUGCAGGCUAGUCAACAAGAAACUACUCAACAUAUGCCAUGUGAUCCUGUCUCUGUGCUGCACAUUCCCACGAAACCUUUUGGCAAAUAUUGAACAUUCUUCAGUGUUGUCAAGGAUCAUGUGAUAAUCAGGGUUCAGAUUGGAACUGACUUUAGCAUUUCCUUUCUGACCAUUGGUUGUAACAUGUUACCACCAUGCACUUAUUUCAGCAGAGUGCUGAAGAGAUAUCAUGCAUUAUGAUAUUUAUGUUUUAUUAUUGUCUGUGUUCAGUAUGGUUCACAGAGUCUACAUGGAUGAAUGUUGGGGACCAAUCAUAGAGAGAUAGAAGUGAAACCUCCUUUCACAUGCAACUCAGACAGCAGUUAUCGUUAUCACAGGACAGGUGUUCACAGUGUAAAUACUGCAUAGCAGAAAUGUGACAGCUUGGCUAUUGCAAACAUAAAACUGUUGCAAGGUUAUAGCAACACCUCUAAUACUGUGGUGGCAAUUUUCUGACGGUAUAUGACAUAAAGGUAUUACUGAUUAAAAGAAAUUACAUGGACUUAUAAAACAGCAUAAAAUUUGUAUCUCUAAACCAGAAACUAACAUUUUUAACUGAUCACGUUUGGAUCUGUGCUCAGAGUGAAACCUGGUUCUUCCCUGCACAAUAAAAUGUGUCUGAUUUAGUUCACUUGUUUUCUGCUGUAAAGAACAGGUCACUUUCAAAAGGUAUCUCACUCACUAGUGGGCAUAAUUGUCUGCAGAUUUAUGUGAAAAAAUUUGUUAGUAUUUCAACAUGUCCGAUGGACAUGACACAUUCCUUGUCUGCCUGCAUAUCUGUGACCAAUAAUUUUUAAUUAAAUUAAGAAUAAAUUUUCUUAGAGCUUAAUGCCUCUUAAGAAUUUGUGGAAAACUUUGUCUUAAUUGGAGAUAAACAGGUAAAUAAUUCCAUUUCUGAAUUCCGUGAAUGUAGUACUUGUCACCAGUUGUCACCAUGAGAAGUGAAAUUUUUAAAGUAACUUCAGGUCCCAAGCCUGCUGAGGGUCUGUUCAUCUCCAAAUGAUUGGACUCUAACCUUCAGAGAACUGAACACUUGAAAUUGUAUAAACCUCACAAGUUUAAAAGCAGGGUCAGUGAUAAUCAAUCUAAUUAUAGCUUGAACAGUGGGGUUAUGCAAUACAUGACUGGGCUUUUCCACACUGAAGCCUCCUGUUCUUCAGUAUCAGCCAAUUCCAUCAGAGUACUGAUACUUUGUUGUACAGUUUAGCGGAAAUGAAUGUUUUGAAACUGGAAAAGUAAUUUAAACAGUUGGUAGUAUUUACUUUUCUAAUGUAUGACAGAGCAAGGUAUGAUAGUGAAUGCAGUACGAUGAAAGUUGAACUAAAAAAAAAAAUCUCUUUUAUCAUCCAAGCCAACCUGCUAAAGAUAAGCAGCUGUGGAAGAGUAGCAGUCAGCACAUCACAGGACUUUUUAUCAUUCCAAAUAUAUCUGUAAUUUGUAUGAGAAGUCUUAUUGUGCAACUGUCAGUGAGGACAGGGACAGGUAAUCAUAGUCACUUGGCACUACUGAACAUAUUAUGUCUUUGUGUUUCCAUUCCUAGUUGUACAAAUUAUAUAUUCUCCCCAGUUAACACAGUUUUAGUGUAAGUUAUUGAAUGUUAGGAAGAGUGAUGUGGAUUAUUUCUCUGCGUGAUUAGAAGGAUUACCUCAUAUAAUUUACAAUGAUAAUCUUAUUCAGAGGUUUCUCCCAUUUGUAAGACCAUUAUUUAGAUGAAUUGCAAAAAAUGUUCUGUUGUGCCUGCUGUCUUUAGCCUGUCCUCUCUUAUGUUUAUAUAAUAUGACCCACUUUUGGCUGCAGACAAAUUAUUACAUUUGGUAUGGAUAUAUACACUGAAACAUGGGAAGCAAUUAGAUUUUUAGUCAUGUUAGUCCAUUAACAGAUAAACAAGAAUAUUCCACUUUUUCUCAUUUUUAUUUCAGUUGUCAUUAUGGUUACAGUGAAAUUUGAUCUUGUGGGAAUGUGACACCGUGUAGUCCAGUGUAUUUAUUGACAUUCUGAAGGAAGGUAGUGUCUCCAUCAUACUGCAGUCUGCUUCUUGCUGUUAGUUGCGUGGCUUAUGCUUUGAUGCUGAAGAUAGAGGCAGUCUGAUCCUCUGAAACACUGGUGAACUUCUACUGGACUACAUGGCGUCAUUACUUAUUUCACUAAACCAUUUACUUGAUUCCAGUGAAAUUUUGUAUAUAGUAUAUAGUAAAAGUUGUAAGUUAACUGAAUUUUCAGCCCCGUAAAUCUGUCAGUGUUCCCACUACACAAUGCACUGCUGUGAAAAUUCGUUUGUGACACACUGUUGACAUUUCCAGAUGCGUAGAGCGGUCUCAGUUCACUUUUAAAUCAGAUGCAUGACUGCUUGACUGCUUGUUUCAGUUAUUGAACUCAGUUUUGAGAUUGAAUGAAAAUUGCCAUGCAAGACCUUACUGAAAUUUAUUUAUUUCCUUAUUCAGAGUUUAUUUAACAUGCUGUCAGUAGCAAAGACUAUAUAGCAAUAAUGAUAUGUAAAGAAUGUGGCCUAAUUUGAAAUAUUAUAUUGAUAUUUGCUGAAGGGUGUUGAGGAAAACCAUGUAAACAUCAGAAUAGUCCAUCUCUGGACCAAGAUUUAAUGCAGAACCUCUCAAAUAUGAAGUAGGCAUGCUACAUACAUGAGUGUGACAUUUGGUACUGAAAUCUGUUAAAAAGAAAAUUAAUUUUGUCUCUAUUGGAAAAUUAGGAGUGACAUUACUUGAAAAUGUGUACCUUUGUCAUAGCUAGGUGCUGCACUUCAUGUACUCAGAAUCCAGUCAUACUAUCCAGUUUUCAAGGAAUACAGAAUAUGGGUUUCAAUAAGCUGUUCAACAUAAAUAAGCCCUUUUCAUGAAGAUGCUGACAGGGAAAUCACUGUUGACAGAACAGCACUGCCCAUGAUCAGCAUGUUCUGUGCUCUGUUAGCACACUGUUUUACUGUAAUCUCAUGCAGCACCAUAGUGAUUGUAUUAUAUACAGAGAUAUAUACACCACAGUGAAAAACAUUUACUGAUAAGAGUUAACAGAUAAGUUGUUUCUAGUGAUGGCAUUUUUAUAAAACUGACAAAAUUUGAUAAAAGCGAAUUUUGUAUUGCUGUUUUUCAGAAACAGAUCAUUGAUAUUAUUAUGAUAAGCCACAUUUUUUCCAUUAUAUGUGUUUUUUACAUGAUGGGAGUUUUUUUAAAAUAGUGAAGUGUAACGUGUGAGCUUCAUUUCUUUUGAAAUAGGGCCUCUGGAAAUAUUAUGUACUUUGUUGCAAAAAGUAAUUGACCACUCUUUUUUGAUAACAGAAACAUGCUGAGCCAUGUAAUAAUUUGUCUACCUUUGAACUAAGUGUGUGAUGUACUGAUGAAUAUUUUGUGUGUGGAUGUAUGUUGUGUUGCACCUUAAGGGUGCAGAUGUGCAGAAACUGAAUGAUGACAUAUUUUUAAGAAGUGUGCCAUUGGUUGAAAGAAGAAUGCACUUUUAAUACUGUACUCAUAGCUCUAGGGUUUCGUGUUGUAAACCUAUGUGUUGGGGAUCUCCAUAGUCGGUCUGCAGUGGGCUUUGUUUUUUAGUGCUAGAGCUCACUUCCCACUGGAUGUCUUGCAGCCCCAAAGGAGACUUGAAUGAAAAAACUGUGUUCCUUUUCAAAAGAACUUCUAUAUUUUUUUACUUUUUUCUGAAAACCCAGGUUUAAUAUUGCAGCACGUAGUUUGGAGAGAACAGCUGUUUAUUUUAAUCAUAUUAUCCUGAUGAUGCAUUUUGAACAUAGGCUCUAGAGUCACCUCACUUUUAGCGAGUGAGCAGACAGCUUAUUACCAACAUGCUCUGGUUGAGAGGGAUCACCUGAGUGGUUGGGUUCAUGUAUUCAUGUUUGAUUCAUCUGUCAUUGUUUCAGGAGCCACUGUAUAUCAUCUUCCUGAAAUUUUACCUACAGUCUGACAGUUAUCAACUUUGAACAUGUUCAUAGUCAAGUUCUUGAAGACAUUUCUACAAAGAUUUUUUUCAUCUCAUCACUUACUAUAAGGCUGCUUGUUGGUUGAGGAACGUUUCAUAUCACUCAUUUUAGCAAGUGUUCAAACUUCUCUCCAAAAAUACAUAUGACCCUAUAAAUGUAUGUCAUCCGCAGGCAUAACUUUGAUGUAUACUUUUACUUUUAUAUCAGGUAUUGAUAUGAAAGCUUUGUAUCAGUCAUCAUAGACUAAGCGGCAUUUAUGUUGUCAUAUAUUUUAUUGCUGCUUAGCUGCUGGAAGAAUCAUGAGCUGGUACAUCUGUCAGUAAAGUGACUGGCUGUGGAUAGGAAGACCUGGGUUCGAUUAUUAGAAAGAACAGAAUUUGUUCUUUUCUUAUCGAGAAUAGUGCUGGAGUCCACCCAGGCUUUUGUCCAGUGGUACUAGGAGCUCUUACCAUGGGAUAAAGAGGAGUGUGACACUGACCAUUCAUCUCCAUCUGUUGCCAAAAUCCAGAAUGUGUAUGCUCAUAGCUUUGCCUUCAUAUUAUAUGCCUUUAUUUUGUGGUGCUAAGUACAGGAUCGUUUGUAUCUUUACCUAAAGAAUCAGUUGCUUGAAACUGAAAGGCAAAACUGGAUGAGGGGCAUACCUAGUUUGGUUAGGAUGUUCCAUUGGUUAGCAACCUCUUGUGACAGCUCCAGACAAAAAAUAAUAUGAAUGUAGGAUUUGAGGUUCUCAGACUGGUGGUUAUGAAGGGUACUAUCUUCUGGGAUAUAACA